ACGUCACUACCAGACGUGGAGCAUGCUGGGAGGUGGAAGCAAAGAUGGCGAACUUCAACAACAUGGGACGUGAAGGUAAAGGCACAUAUUUGAAGGAUAGAGGCGCUUCUAAUGCAGAACUCUUACUACACCCCGAACUCCUCUCUCAGGAUUUUAUCCAGUUGGUUCUGAAGGAGAAAAACAUAACCACCGGAGACGAUGGGGGACGCGACCGGCUUACGGACCUCUACCUUCGACAUGUCAUCCCCCUCCCACAGAGGGCCCUGCCCAACAACCGCUGGGGGAGGAGAAUGGAGCGGGCCCGCGCACGGCAGAACACGCCCAGUGGACUGAGUUGCAGUUCCAGUAACGACCACAGCGGGAAGAGGCCCCAGAUCGUAUUCGACGCCAGCCCCUCUAAAAGUGUCCCAGUCAGGCUGAAGACGCCGCAGGGUCACCCCUCAAGUUCUGGGGUGACCGACAGGCUCAAGCCACCUCCUUCCACCAACCCUUUACGCAAACUGUCCAGCACCGCUGUCACAUCCACCUCGUCCUCCCCCGUCUUCGCAGGCUCCCAGAGGAACACGUGUCUGGGGAGGCCCUCCCCCACUUCAGUUCAUCUCAAACGGGAAGCGGACAGCCUGGGUGAACAGAAAUCUCCGGAGGUGAAGAAGAAGAUCCAAAAAGUAACAUGGCCCUGACCUUUGAACCUACUGAGCUGUCGUGAGCAGCUUCACACUGCAGGGGAAUAUCUGCCAGUUGACAACCACAUGACUUCAUCAGAACUGUACCUGCUGAAUCCCAAAUUGUCCCUCUGCCCUCCAUCUGUGUGUUCACGUGCUUCUCCGCCAUUUGAACAAGUGUCCCAAAGCUGAGGGAGCGAAAAUUAUCAAGGGUGUAGGGGGCUUAUUAGACCUCCAGUGGCCCUUCCCAACAUUGCUGCACCUGCUAGCAAAGUGGACCCUCAUAAGGCAUUUUGUUAUUUCUGAGCUUGUGCACUUUCACACAAAUGAAUGGAUCGAAGUGGUAGAUUUUCUUACUCAUUAAUUUCUUUGUCUGAUUUCAAGACUUGUACAAAAUAGAAUGCAUCCUGAAUUAGGCUUUUAAUUAAGUGUUUUUCUUCUAAAACGAUAAGAGAUUUGUUUAAUUAAUUUUUUUCUUUUCUUUAAAGUGAAUCAUCAGUUGCAUUGUUUAAGUCAGGUGUGCCCCGAAGUUGACUGGUUUACUUAUCCCCUCGCCCCUCCCAAAUAUACCCACUGAGUUUUAUAAGCAGUGUGAUAACGAAGGGCAAUCUGAGCAGGUCCGUGAGGACUACUGUCUUGGAGAGGGGACGUCAGGACUCUACCCACUUGGAGAGGGGACGUCAGGACUCUACCCACUUGGAGAGGGGACGUCAGGACUCUACCCACUUGGAGAGGGGACGUCAGGACUCUACCCACUUGGAGAGGGGACGUCAGGACUCUACCCACUUGGAGAGGGGACGUCAGGACUCUACCCACUUGGAGAGGGGACGUCAGGACUCUACCCACUUGGAGAGGGGACGUCAGGACUCUACCAUCUUGGAGAGGGGACGUCAGGACUCUACCAUCUUGGAUAGGGCACGUCAGGACUCUACCAUCUUGGAAAGGGGGGUCAGGAUGUAGGGGCAGGGGGAUGGCAUCAGGGCUAUGAAUCUUUCAGAUAGAAGCUUAUGUUUGUGGGGAAUGAAUACACUGCUGACCCUCAAGUGUCCUUACAGUGAGUCCUCUUCCUUGGUCCUGCUGCGCCCUCCGGUGGAGCCAGGCUGAACUGCGACUCAACUGGCCUCUAUGGAAAACGUCCCGAAAUAACCUUUAUAUGCAUCAUAGGACCUAGCCAUUUAACCUUCUAUGCUGCUCCAAUGCAAUAUAUUCUGUGAUGCUGCCACUUACCCGGAGGUCUUCUGCCAGCAGGUGAUUCAACAUUUAGUCUUCCAGGGCUGUUUCUAGAGAAGCCAGGCUGACAGAGCUUCAAUUAUGAAAGAAGAAUAUUGGGAUCCCGUGAUGGUUGCGCCUUCUGUACCAAAUUCAUGUGUUGCAAAGACAGUGGGUCCUGGCAUGUUUCUGAAGGGGUUUUGAUACUGUUUGUUCAUUUGUGCUGUGACUUUCAUGAAAUGCUUAGGCUCUAUGAAUUGUCUGGUAUGAAGUGGGUGCGUUUUAAUAAAAUGAAAAUCGGACAAUU